AUGCCUUGUUCAGCAGUGACGCUAUCAUUAGCAACGAUAUCAGCAAUCGUGGCAAUAGCACUUUUAUCAAUCGCAUUUUCAACUGAUAAUUGGUUAUACAUCGAAGUUAAAAGAGGAAAAAUAGAGGACAUUGCCGAUAAGAGAGCAAAUCAAGAAUCUCUUUUAGAAGAUUUUAAUAAUAAAUAUUAUUAUUUUACACGUACGAAAGGAUUAUUUAGAAUUUGCUAUCCGAAAGAGAAACCGAAAUCGGUACAAAUUUAUCUUAGUCCAGUUGAAACUCAUUGUUCAAACAUUGAUUAUUACAUACCAGAUGUAGAAAAUUUAACAAAGGAAUUCACGGAUGAUGCCACUACAAGACUACAUAUGGGUCGAUCCAUGAUUGCUUUGUUCAUUCUAUCAUUCUUAGCUGUUUUCACUGCUUUUUGGACGGGUGUUGUUGGAUGCUGGAGAAGAUCACCUGGAAAUAUAACAGCAACGGCAAUUGUUAUGUUAUUUGCUUGUCUUUUUAGUGCUGGAAGUAUGGGUUUAUGGCAUGGAGUUGAAUAUUUUGAGAAAGAAAAAGUCGUCGGAGAAGAAUUUUACCAACAAUGGGAUAAUGCAUUACGUGAUAAUACAAUCACUACCUACGAUUGGUCAUAUUUUGUUGCAUGGGUCGGAGUAGGUUUUUCAUUAAUAAGUGCAAUUUUAUUCUCUGGAGCUGCUAUUUGUCUAAGAGGAGAAAGAGAAAAAGAAGAAGCCAUGAAUAUGCAAUAUUUAAUGCCAGUGUAUCCACAAAAGCAACAAUACGCAUACGCAGGAUAUCCAGCACCUUAUUAUCACGGGCCACAAUAUGCUCAGGACCUGGAACAUAUAAUUAUUAAUAAGAUGAAUAUAAAAAAAUUGGAAAAACUCUACAAUUUUAUAUUUUUUAAUGGCAAAUUGUAUUAUUAUUAUUAUUAUUAUUAA